CUCGAGGACGGCCGCACACUGUCUGACUACAACAUUCAGAAGGAAUCCACCCUGCAUCUUGUUUUGAGACUUCGCGGAGGUAUGCAGAUUUUCGUCAAAACCUUGACAGGAAAGACCAUCACGUUGGAAGUUGAGGCGUCUGACACGAUCGAGAAUGUCAAAGCCAAAAUUCAGGAUAAGGAAGGAAUCCCCCCAGAUCAGCAAAGGUUGAUCUUUGCCGGAAAACAACUCGAGGAUGGUCGCACGCUCUCUGAUUAUAACAUUCAGAAAGAAUCCACAUUGCAUUUAGUUUUGAGACUUCGCGGUGGUAUGCAAAUUUUCGUUAAAACCUUAACAGGAAAAACCAUCACACUGGAGGUUGAG